GCGGGCGCCGGCCCCCAGGUGGAGCGACAGGUCUCGGGCCCUCAGGCGGAGCGGCGGGCGCCGGACCCCCAGGUGGAGCGACAGGUCUCGGGCCCUCAGGCGGAGCGGCGGGUGCCGGACCCCCAGGCGGAGCGACAGGUCUCGGGCCCUCAGGCGGAGCGGCGGGCGCCGGACCCCCAGGCGAAGCGGCGGGCACCGAGUCACCAGGCACGACAGUCGUCUCCGAGUCAACAGGCACGACAGUGGGGCACCGGGUCAUCAGGUAUCGGAUUGUCUGGCUCGACAGCGGGCAUCGGGUCACCAGGCAUCAUGUCAUUUGGCUUGCCAGCGGGCACCGCGUCAUCUGGCAAGGCAGUGGGCACCGGGUCACCAGGUAUGACAGCGGGCUCUGAGUCAAUUGGCACGACAGCGGGCACUGGAUCAGGUACCGGAUCAUCUGGAUCAACAGCGGGCAUCGAGUCAACUGGC